AUGUCGUCGCCGUCCGACAACCACGCCAACUUCACGCCAUUCUCCGAGUCCCAGGGGGACUUUGGUCAUCUGAGGCUCGCCUACUUCAGCAAUGAGUUUCCCCACGACAAUCUUCAACAUCUGCUCCGCCGACUGUGGAACAGCAGCAAAGACCGGGCUCACCCGCUCCUGGCCAUCUUCAUAGCCGAGGCGACCCUGGCGGUCCGCGAGGAGAUCCGGGAUCUGCCUGCCGUACUCAGAUCCGAGAUUCCAGCCUUCCAAACCAUCUUCGAGUUUGCAGAGUACCCGGAGCUCCGUAGAGGCCAGCUCUCCGGAUCCAUAGACGGCGUACUGCUCUCGGCUCUCGAGCUCGCCACAUUCAUUGGAUACUAUGAGCACAAUCCCGACAAAUACGGCGCGGACGUGCCCAGCAGUUAUCUGGCUGGGCUAGGCAUUGGUUUGCUAGCCACUGCGGCCGUUGCGUUGUCGCCCAAUCUCGUGGAUCUGCCCAUUGCCGCAGCCGAGGCCGUCCGCACCGCCUUCCGUCUCGGCGUUGUCGUCGACCAGGUCUCGCAAAACCUGCAACCGCGGGACCUGUCCGACCCCAGUACGCCAGACAGCUGGGCGUAUGUUAUCCCGGAUGUGACGCCCGAGAGGGUGCAGAAGGAGCUCGAUUCCAUUCAUGCGAAAGAGAAGACGCCCACGGCAGGCAAGAUCUUCAUCAGCGCUCUCAGCAAAACCUCGGUUACUGUGAGCGGGCCUCCGGGAAGGCUGAAGCGCGUCUUCCUAAUAUCCGACUUCUUUCGGGACGCCAAGUCCAUUGCCCUGCCGGUGUAUGGAGGUCUCUGCCAUGCUCCGCACAUCUACCAUGACGGACACGCUCGAGAGGUUGUCCGGGUCAGUUCGUCCAAGCUGAACCACCGGAGGUUUACUCCCGUCAUCCCCGUGCUUUCGACGAGCACUGGCCGCCCUUUUCCGGCCCCAGAUGCCGAGGGCCUUCUUGAGAACAUCAUCAAGGAGAUCCUCACACAGGCAAUCCAAUGGGACAACGUCAUCCAGGCCGUGGUUGCGGGCGCUUCCAACCUGGGCGCGGUGCAACUUCAGCUGCAAGCUGUCGGAACGAAGCUGCCUUGA